AUGGCCAUGUUCUUCCCAGAGGUGGACACAACGGCCCACGUUACGGCGUUUCUCAAAUCAGACCAGCAUGAGGCGUUCAGGAACUCUGCCCUAUUUGAUCCCCGAGAACGAAGCAAGUCUCGGCCCGAUCGAAGAAGCAGAACAAGCUACAAGUACCGUGACCUGAAGUUCUGGACAGAGUGGAAGGCUGUUUUGGAGAAGGACCGCCACUUUUCGGAUAUUUACCCGUUCGACUGGAGCCUUGCCAUCCGCCCCAUCAUUGCCAAAUUAUAUCGAGCAGGAGUCAUGGCCCCCGCACAUCUGGAAAAUGACGGCCGAAUAGUCCCAGGCGUAGCCACGGCAAACACUGAGCCUCAUCGCCCAGACAAGCUGGACCUCUUCAUCAACUAUGACGACCCUCGAAGAACUAUUUCCGAUAACUUACUGCCCAUUGCCGAAGAUUUCGCAGAGAAGCACCAGAAUGCUCGAUUCGCACUUCUUCGGAUCUGGACAGCGCCGCACUUUUACCCACUCAUGCUAGGGAUGGGGAAUAGGCAGGCAACCAGCUUCCAGGAUAGCGUCUCCCGACCCUGGGAGUGGAAGUUUUUGCCCAAGGACAUGCCGGGCAGCGAGCUGAGCAUGCAUAACACCACUGCAAAGGCUCUGGAAAAUGUCAAGGAGAGGCUUGAAGAUCGGAUAGCGUAUAGGGGCGAUUUGAUCCUUGUUAUGGCGGAGGGUGUGGCUGAGCUGUUGAAGAAUUGCACGGCUGCGACGUUUGCGGUGCAGACGAGGCCGUGGUUGAGGGAGAUUGAUCUGUGGAAGAGUUUUAUUAAUGUUGAUUUGGAUUUGUUGAGGGAGUUGGAUCCUGUGUGGUUGGAUUGA